AUGACACGGGAACAAGCUUAUUCCGCCUGGUUCCACCAGAUGUCUGGCCAGGCUAGUUCUGCGCCUACUGCGACUCCUGCAUCUGUUCCCACUCCUAACGUGACUUCAGGCAGUACAGGAGGCAGUUCUUUUGGUGCCCCACCCUUCAUGAUGUCAGCGCCAGGCGCCCCUUUCCCUUAUUUACCGGGACCAAUGGCGCCAAACCCUUUUCCGGCAUCGGGUUUCGGAAUGUCUAUGCCAUUUCUUGGCAUGCCUGUUUUGUUGCCUGGUAGGUCAAUUGUAAGCCUUAAUUUCUCCUUUUCACUUUCCUUGCCAUGA